GCCGCUGGAGUUUUCAGCGAGAGAAUUCAUUGAGCCGGCGCCGGGCUUUGGGUUACUCAUUGGGAAGGGCGCCGAGGGAGCUGCCUUGUUGUUUUGAGAAUUGAGUCUCCAAGUACAGCCUGCGUUCAUGGUGACAGGAUUCUCUCUCAGCAGACAGGGCGGCUUCCCGAAAUCGGCUGUGGUUGGGGACACUGGUCAGUGGGGGGGGGGAGUGGGCAGAGGCAACCUCCCCACCCGUUCCGCCCCGCGCGCCCGCCCCUCCUCCCCCUCUUUACCCCCAUCCCACCCUCCUUCUGGUUGGGAGCCGGCUAAGGAGGAGGUAAGGGGUCAGCUUCCCGCCGUUGACAGGUCUGGUUUCAGACACACCUUCCCGGAGGAAUGCGGAGGCUUUGUUCCAGGCGCCCGUCCCAGCCCUGAGCCCAGAAGCCCGCGGGCGUGGGGCCGGGGCUCCGGUGCCAUUACUCAUCUUUUAUGGCAACGCCGGCGAGCUCCCGGCCAUAACCAGCAGACCACAGCGUUCAGGCAUCCUGUGAGUGGGCAGUUUUCUCCAGAAAACAGUGAAUUUAUUCUUCAAGACGAACCAAAUCCACAUAUGUCGAAGCAAGAGAGAAACCAAAGACCGUCCAGCAUGGUCAGUGAAACGUCCACGGCUGGGACCACUUCCACCGUGGAGGCCAAGCCUGGCCCCAAGAUCAUAAAGUCCAGCAAUAAAGUCCACAGCUUUGGGAAGAGGGACCAGGCCAUUCGGAGGAACCCCAAUGUUCCGGUGGUGGUAAGGGGCUGGCUGCACAAGCAGGACAGUUCUGGGAUGAGGCUAUGGAAAAGGAGGUGGUUUGUGCUUGCUGAUUAUUGCUUGUUUUACUACAAAGACAGCCGAGAAGAAGUCGUCCUCGGGAGCAUCCCUCUGCCCAGCUAUGUGAUCUCUCCUGUGGCCCCUGAGGAUCGCAUAAGUCGCAAGUAUUCCUUUAAGGCCGUGCACACGGGGAUGCGAGCGCUCAUCUACAAUAGCUCCACGGGGGGCUCUCCAGCCGAGCAGUCGGGCAUGAGGACCUACUACUUCAGUGCCGACACCCAGGAGGACAUGAACGCAUGGGUCAGGGCCAUGAACCAGGCUGCACAGGUGCUGUCUCGAUCGUCACUGAAGAGGGAAGUGGAGAAGGUGGAGCGGCAGGCAGUCCCCCAGGUCAACCAUGCAGAGUCCUGUCGUGAAUGUGGCCGCGUGGGACCUGGACAUGCGAGGGAUUGUCCUCAUCGUGGCCAAGAGGACUCCUUCGGCUUCGAGAGGCGGGAGCAAGAGGAAGAGCGGUACCGUUCCCAGAGGGACCCACGGGAGGGCAAGCGGGACAGCAGCAAGGCCAGGUCCCCAUACUCACCAGCCGAGGAGGACGCCUUGUUCGUGGAUUUACCUGGUGGCCCGAGAGGCCAGCAGGCACAGCCCCAGCGGGCGGAGAAGAACGGUGUGCUGCCGCCCGCAUAUGGCCCAGGAGAGCAGAACGGGACUGGCGGGUACCAGCGGGCCUUUCCUCCCAGGACCAACCCUGAAAAGCACAGCCAGAGGAAGAGCAGCCUGGCCCAAGUGGAGCAGUGGGCAAAGGCCCAGAAGGGGGACGGCAGAAGCCUGCCUCCGGACCAGACCCUUCCUCGCCAGGGUCCUGGCCAGUCCCUGGCCUUCCCAGAAAACUACCAGACUCUUCCCAAGAGCACCCGACACCCCUCAGGGGGCUCCCCGCCCCCUCCCCGCAACCUGCCGAGUGACUACAAGUAUGCACAGGACCGAGCCAGCCACCUGAAGAUGUCGAGUGAGGAGCGCCGGGCGCACCGGGAUGGCACCGUUUGGCAGCUCUAUGAGUGGCAGCAGCGCCAGCAGUUCCGGCACGGCAGCCCCACGGCGCCCAUCUGUGCUGGCUCCCCAGAGUUCGCCGACCAGGGCCGGAGCAGGAGCAUGCUGGAGGUGCCCCGCUCCAUUUCUGUGCCUCCGUCUCCCUCAGACAUCCCUCCCCCGGGACCCCCAAGGGUAUUCCCACCCCGGCGGCCACACACACCAGCAGAGAGGGUCACUGUCAAGCCACCGGACCAGAGGAGGAGCGUGGACAUCUCACUGGGGGGUUCUCCCAGGAAGGCAUGGGGCCACACCACCAAGAACUCCUCUCACGUGGACCGACGCUCCAUGCCCUCCAUGGGUUACAUGACCCACACUGUCAGCGCUCCCAGUUUACAUGGAAAAUCGGCUGAUGAUACCUACCUCCAGCUGAAGAAAGACCUGGAGUACCUGGACCUGAAGAUGACAGGCCGGGACCUUCUCAAGGAUCGAAGCCUGAAGCCGGUGAAGAUCGCCGAGAGUGACAUUGACGUCAAACUGAGCGUCUUCUGUGAACAAGACAGGAUCCUCCAGGACUUGGAAGACAAGAUUCGAGCCCUCAAGGAGAACAAAGACCAGCUAGAGUCCGUGCUGGAGGUGCUGCACAGACAGAUGGAGCAGUACCGAGACCAGCCCCAGCACCUGGAGAAGAUUGCCUACCAGCAGAGGUUGCUGCAGGAGGACCUCGUCCACAUCCGGGCGGAGCUCUCCAGAGAGUCCACUGAGAUGGAAAAUGCCUGGAACGAAUACCUGAAGUUGGAAAGUGAUGUGGAGCAGCUGAAGCAGACCCUGCAGGAGCAACACAGAAAAGCCUUUUUUUUCCAGGAGAAAUCUCAGAUACAGAAGGAUCUCUGGAGAAUUGAAGAUGUCAUCGCAGGCCUGAGUGCAAAUAAAGAGAACUUCAGAAUCCUGGUGGAAUCGGUCAAAAAUCCAGAGAGGAAGACGGUGCCUUUGUUUUCUCACCCGCCUGUGCCUUCACUCUCGACCUCGGAGAGCAAGCUGCCCCCGCAGCCCAGCCCUCCCACCAGCCCGGUGCGGACCCCGCUGGAGGUCCGACUCUUCCCUCAGCUGCAGACCUACGUGCCGUACCGACCUCAUCCGCUCCAGCUGAAGAAAGUGACGUCCCCCCUCCAGUCACCAACCAAGACUAAGCCCAAAGUGGAAGAUGAGGCACCUCCCAGGCCCCCACUCCCUGAGCUCUAUAGCCCGGAGGACCAGCCCCCGGCCGUGCCACCUCUGCCAAGGGAGGCCACCAUCAUCCGGCACACUUCAGUGAGGGGCCUCAAGCGGCAGUCGGACGAGAGGAAGCGAGACCGGGAGCAGGGGCAGUGUGUGAACGGGGACUCGAGGGUGGAGCUCCGGUCAUACGUGAGUGAGCCUGAGCUGGCCACCUUCAGUGGGGACAUGGCCCAGCCCUCCCUGGGACUCGUGGGCUCUGAGAGCAGGUACCAGACGCUGCCAGGCAGAGGGCUCUCAGGGUCCACGUCAAGGCUCCAGCAGUCGUCCACCAUUGCUCCCUACGUCACCCUCCGGCGGGAUCUCAAUGUGGAAAGCAGCAAGGUGACCUUCCCUAGACCCAAGAGUGCCUUGGAGCGCCUGUACUCAGGGGACCACCAGCGGGGCAAGAUGAGUGCGGAGGAGCAGCUUGAGCGCAUGAAGCGGCACCAGAAGGCUCUGGUCCGGGAGCGCAAGAGGACGCUGAAUCAAGGAGAGAGGACGGGUCUGCCCUCGUCCCGCUACCUCAGCCAACCGCUCCCUGGAGAUCUCGGCUCAUGGAAGCGCGAGCAGGACUUUGACCUGCAGCUGCUGGAGCGGGCCGUGCAAGGGGAAAGGAGGGACAAGGAGGAGAAUGGCUGGCUGAAAGUGCAGGCCGUGCCUGUCACUGAGUUGGACCUGGAACCACAGGACUAUGACUUGGACAUCAGCAGAGAGCUGUCCAAACCGGAGAAGGUCUCCAUCCCCGAGCGUUACAUAGAGCUGGAUCCUGAAGAGCCACCCAGCCUUGAGGAGCUGCAGGCGCGGUAUCGCAAAGCUGAGAAGAUCCGCAACAUCCUCGCCCGCUCCAGCAUGUGCAACCUGCAGCCCACAUCGGGCCAGGACAGGAACAGCGUGGCCGACCUGGACUUGCAGCUACAGGAGCAGGAGCGCAUCAUCAACAUCUCCUACGCCCUGGCCUCCGAGGCCUCCCAGCGCAGCAGGCAGGUGGCAGGUGAGGAAACGAAGCUCAGAGACCUUGAGGGACUUGCCCAAGGAGUCACAGCUCCCAGGGUGUGACUGACCCGUGACCCAGCAUGCAGAGAAGUCUGGAGCCAGAGGCCCAGUCGAACCAGCUUCCUCCGAGAAGAUUGACUUUUCCUCUCCCAAGGAAACCCCUUCCAGCUAAGCAGGGGUUCUAGCUGGAGAAAGGAGCAGCCCACCAGCUGUGGGGCAUUCACCAUAGGGCUAGGUCUAACACCCCCCACUUGUUUUAGUUCAGACUCCUUUUUACAUAUGACAGAGGCACUUUUGAUACACACUGUAAAAUACUGACACUGUAUUUUAGAAUGAGAAUAUAUUUUAUAAUGUUCACCUCAAGGACUGAGUGGCUGGAAAGUUGAGGGUGCGGGAUUUUGGAGCUGCACAUACAGAUCCAGGUACCCUUUGGGUCGGGGGCCGUGGGGAAGGCAGGGCAAGCAGAGACCAAUCAACAUCCGCUGAACUCAGGUGAAGGCUGGAUUGGAGAAUGUGCUUCCAGUGGGUUCCAGUGUUAGGCUCGUUGGUGUGCUGUUGGGGGAAGAGGGGCCCUUGGCUGCAGAGAUCAGCCGUCCCUGACUGGUCUUAUGACAGCUCUGGAGCGUGAAACUCCACUAGGAUGGCACGUGGAGCCCCUGUCUGCUGUGCCUUGGCCCUUGGGUUUGGUUCAGGGGCUACAGUGCAUUCAAGAGCUUUGGCUCCCAGCCCACCCAUGAGGUUCUCUCAGCAAAGGGCUCUUCUCAGAAAGAAAAAAGCAGUUUGCUUAAAUUUUAAGAAAUACACUUUAAAUGCAGAAAAGGUGAGAGGAAGCACCUUUUAUUGUAUCAAAAGCAAUAAACUCCACACUGGGUGGCAUCUGCCUCCAGCUCCCUGACUGCAUAGUAGGCCGUGGUGGGAAUCCUGGGGUCUGUGCGGCCUGCCGUGGAGAACGGAGGUCCGCUUCCCUGGGACUUGGUCUGGUGGCAGGAGGGCAGGCAGGUGCCCCCACCAUCCCUGGUGGCCGGCAGCCAGCAGGGCCACAAUGGCAGGACUGUGACUUGACUUCCAGCCCGAAAUGGGGAGAGGACUGCCACGCCAGGCCCAGUGUUUGUGGUCCUUUAUUUAAGUCGUGAGCUCGUGAUAGUCUGUGUACAGAAAAUGGUGUUCAAAAGGAAAAAAAAAACUCCAUUGGGUAGAGCCACACUUUAAAUGAAAAUUUGUCUUUGACUAUGGUCAGGAAAAAAAUCUUGAAUAUAUUUAGAAGUUGCUGUCUAUUUUUAACUAACUCCAUAUGCUGCCAGUAUCGACUUCAUGACAUUUGCCAAAAUAAGAUUUUAUUUUUGUCUUUAUAAGAUUUUGUUGGAAAAAUGAAAUGAAUAUUUUGCAAGAAAACGUUAAUUUAAAUAAAAGUGUAAUGGUUUGCAAAAAAAAAAAUGUGAUGUACAGAUUAAAAUAUUAACCUGA